UCCAGCCGCUAAGCUCCGGGCUGACAGCUGGGAGGCAGCUGGCGCGGUCGGCGCCCCUCGACGAUGUCCCCACCUCCCGCGUAGACCCGCCGGAGGAAGAAGGCAGUGGCACCCAGUACCUUCCAUCCUCCAAGCCUGGUUAGCCCCACCUGGUCACAGCAAGGCAGAGGUGGAAUGAGUGGAGUCCUGUUUAUCCAUGCAGAGAAAAGCUUAAAUCUGGAGCCAGAGUGGCCUACACUGUUCUCUUUGACUUGUUCCCUGUGCUUUGUAACUCAGUGACCUUGUGGGCCCUGUCUCUCUUCUGAACACUAGAAUACCCCGAGGUCACAGAACUUCCGUAUCCUCUGCCACUCUCCACCCACUAUGGAACCACCUCAGGCAGAGUGCCCAGCCCCUGGUCAGGCCAGUAGUGCAGAAACUGUUGAAUCUGAAAAACACAAGGCCCUGUCUAGGCCAGAGAAGUAUCCUCAGGACAAGGAUGGUGCAGAGGCUGGACCAGAGAAGCAUCCUCAGGAUGAGGACAAUGCAGAUGUUGAUGCGGCAGCUGGAGAACAGGAUCCAGGAGUCCAAACUUUGCCACCAGCCCAUGAUGGGGAAAAUCUUGAGUGUCCUCCCCCUGAAGCUAGCUCAAGUACUUCUGAGCCAGCCUGUGGGACAUCAUCUAAGGUAGAGACAACUGAGGCAUGUUCCAGGCCACAGGAGCUUCCCCAGUCCCCCAGGAUGCAACAGCCUGAUCUAGAUUUCUACUGUGUCAAGUGGAUCCCCUGGAAGGGAGAACGGACCCCCAUCAUCACCCAGAGCAGCAAUGGUCCUUGUCCUCUCCUGGCCAUCAUGAAUAUCCUCUUUCUUCAGUGGAAGGUGAAGCUGCCCCCUCAGAAGGAAGUGAUCACAUCAGAUGAGCUCCUGACACAUCUUGGAAAUUGCCUUCUGUCCAUCAAACCCCAAGAGAAGUCUGAGGGCCUUCAACUUAACUUUCAGCAGAAUGUGGACGAUGCAAUGACGGUGCUCCCUAAACUGGCCACAGGCCUGGACGUCAACGUUCGGUUCACGGGCGUCUCCGACUUUGAGUAUACACCAGAGUGCAGCAUCUUCGACCUGCUGGGGAUACCUCUGUACCAUGGCUGGCUGGUGGACCCACAGAGUCCUGAGGCUGUGAGUGCUGUUGGGAAACUGAGCUACAACCAGCUGGUAGAGAAGAUCAUCACUUGUAAACACUCUAGUGACUCCAACCUCGUGACAGAAGGCCUGAUUGCGGAACAGUUCCUGGAGACCACUGCAGCACAGCUGACCUACCAUGGCCUGUGCGAGCUCACAGCAACUGCUAAGGAAGAUGAACUUGGUGUCUUCUUUCGAAACAACCACUUUAGCACGAUGACUAAGCACGAGAGUCACCUGUACCUACUGGUCACUGACCAAGGCUUUCUGCAGGAGGAGCAGGUGGUGUGGGAGAGCUUGCAUAACGUGGAUGGUGACAGCUGCUUUUGUGACUCUGACUUCCACUUAAGUCAUUCCCUAGGCAAGAACCAUGGAGCAGGAGGUGGGAGUAGCUCUCCCGAGAAGCAGCUGCAGGUGGACCAGGACUACCUUAUUGCCUUAUCCCUGCAGCAGCAGCAGCCACAAGGCACGCUGGGCCUCAGCGACCUGGAGCUGGCCCAACAACUUCAACAAGAAGAGUAUCAGCAACAGCAAGGGCUUCAACCUGAGCGAACAAGGGCGCCUUCGCCCCAGGGGAGAGGAGCCACAUCUGGACGCCCAGCUGGAGAGCGGCGGCAGAGGUCAAAGACUGAGUCAGACUGUGUUCUGCUCUGACUCCGCCCCAUACAGCCCCCUUCGGCUUUCAGAGGCUGUGACUCUGGACCCCACCCCAUCUCAACCCCUGAGGCAUACAGGAUCACCUCUGUGCACAGCUGAGGAUCCGAACACACCUUAGGUGCCAAGGUCAGACUUGGUACCAUCUUUGCCCUUGAGCUGCUAUCUUCUCUUCCCUCAUCCAAGGCCACAGAAGUAUGGGUUGGGUGAAGAUCUCCGGUGCCCAGCCCCUUUCCUGGAAUAGUCUUGUGGAUAUACAACCCGGUCUGCUAGGGUCGCUACCCAGCUGUAAAGCGUCCCGCCUGUAUCCCGCCUGUCUGGUUGCUUCCGGAUCACCCCACAGGCCUGUCUUGUUUUAGGGUUUGGUUUGGGUUUCUAUUAUUUUUAACGCCUUCCUAGGGGUUUGGAAAUAAAACUUCUUUCCUGA